CAUAGCUAUCAUCUUCUUCUUAGCUCUCCAAUUACAGGAAAACAAAACCCUAGUUUCUCUCUCUCUCCAAAUGAUAACCUAGCUCUCUCUCUCUCUCUCUGCAUCAUUUAUUUUUCUUAUUCGCAUGUGCAAAGCUAUCAACAUCUGUUUUGAUUGAAAGCUAAGUUUCCAAUUCCGAAACAGAAGAGAUUGAAAGUGUGUAUGUCAAGACAAACCACCAAACUACAAGAAAACACACACCGUGUUGUUCCUUAAAGACCCAGCAAGCAGAUAAUCUCUUCUUCUUCCUGACCUUUUCCCCUUUGUUUUCUGGUGAUUUGGGGUUAUCCUUUCACCCUUUCCUGCAAUGUGGGCUCGCAUUUGGUGAAGGUGGUGAUUAUUUCUAGGGAUUGUGUGUGCUUUGCUUUUUGGUAAAGCAUUUAAAGAACAACUCUCUCUCAAUGGCUUUGUUUAGAAAGUUCUUCUACAAAAAGCCUCCUGAAGGGUUAGUGGAGAUCUCUGAGAGGGUUUACGUCUUUGAUUGCUGCUUAACCACGGAUAUGUUGGAAGAGGAAGAGUAUAGAGUCUAUGUGGGACGCAUAAUGAGUCAGCUACGAGAACAGUUUCCUGGUGCAUCGUUCAUGGUGUUUAAUUUCCGAGAUGGAGAAAGCAGAAGCCUGAUGGAGAGUGUACUCUCUGAGUAUGACAUGACCAUCAUGGACUAUCCUCGUCAUUAUGAAGGUUGCCCUUUGCUUACAAUGGAAACGGUUCAUCACUUUCUUAAAUCAAGUGAGAAUUGGUUACUGUUAAGUCAACAGAAUAUCUUGUUGUCGCAUUGUGAGCGAGGUGGCUGGCCGGUUUUAGCUUUUAUGCUGGCUUCGCUCUUGUUAUACCGCAAACAGUUUAGUGGAGAACAGAAAACACUAGAGAUGAUUUAUAAGCAGGCUCCUCGUGAGCUGUUACAGCUAAUGUCUCCACUAAAUCCUCUGCCUUCACAACUGAGGUUUCUUCAGUAUGUUACAAGUAGGAAUGUUGGUUCGCAGUGGCCACCGCUAGACCGGGCGCUUACACUAGACUGUAUCAAUCUUAGACUGAUUCCUGAUUUUGAUGGUGAGGGUGGUUGCCGACCAAUAUUUAGAAUAUAUGGUCAAGAUCCGUUUAUGGCUUCCGACCGGACUUCAAAAGUCCUUUUCUCUAUGCCCAAAAGAAGCAAAGCUGUUAAGCAUUAUAAGCAGGCAGAUUGUGAGCUGGUAAAGAUUAACAUCAAUUGCCAUAUUCUCGGUGAUGUCGUGCUUGAGUGCAUUACCUUAGAUAGUGAUCAUGAGAGGGAAGAGAUGAUGUUUCGGGUUGUGUUCAAUACUGCAUUUCUUAGAUCAAACAGCCUUCUACUUAACCGUGAUGACAUUGAUGUACUGUGGAACACAACAGAUCGGUUUCCUAAAGAUUUCAGAGCGGAGGUUAUAUUUUCGGAGAUGGGCGCUGGUAACAGUCUUGACUCUGUUGAUUUGCCGCAUAUGGAUGAGAAUGAUGGUCUACCUAUGGAAGCAUUUGCUAAGGUUCAGGAGAUUUUUAGUGAUGGUGAAUGGUUGGAUCCAAAUUCUGAUGUUGCUGUGACGGUUUUUAACCAAAUUACAGCAGCAAAUAUCCUUCAAGAAAGCUUGGAUUCAGGUUCCCCUCGAAGCCCUGAUUCACGUAGCCUAUUGGAAUCGGCGCUUGAAAAAGUUAGGGAGAAAACCAAGCUGAUGAUAUCGGAGAGUGUUGCUGUAAGUCCUGAUUCAUUCUCUCCGGUGUGGAAGGAGAAAGACACAGAUUCCUGUCAUAGAUCUUAUGCAGAUCCGAAUUCACUCAUCAAGAAGGUUGAUGAACAGAAUGGACUCCGAGUUUCUGUCCAAAGACAAGCUCAGUCGAAGAUAAUUUCACCUCGCUUGCUCCAAAGUUCAGGGACGUCACCAGUUUUAAAUCGUAGCCCCACACAAGCAUCAUCACCUGCUUCAGUAUCCAGAUUUCACGGCUCCCCCUCUAACCUUGGGAUCACUUCAAUAUUACACGAUCAUAGUCCAGGUAAAGGUGAAGAGGCUACUUCAUCAUCACCUUCCAUCACGUUUCAACCAACAUUGCAUCCACUGACACCGUCCAUACUUAACGCUUCUCCACAACAGUCGUCCACAGCUGUACCUUCAAAUGGCUCUCCCCCAGCAGAAGCAGUUGUGACGCCAGCAACAAUGCCAUUGUUGAAGCCACUCAAGUUCUUGUCUCCUUCUCCACCCCAACCUCCUGCAUCCUCUCUGCGUUCCACUCUUUCACAUCCACAGCCUCCACCUCCACCUCCACCUCCACCUCCACCACAACCUCACCGUUCUGCACAGCCAUCUUUUCCUUCGCCACCACCGUUAUCACCUCCAAAUAAAGUGGUAACCACAUCUAAAGCUCCUCCUCCACCACCACCACCUCCAAAGAAAGUGGUACCCACAUCUAACGCUCCACCUCCACCACCACCACCUCUUUCCAGAGCUGUACCACUUCGAACUGUCCCUCCUGUUCCUCCUCCACCAGCCCCUUCAACUCUGUUUCGUUCUCAAAACGGUGGUUGUAAUGGAAAUGUUCCUCCAGUCCCUGGACCACCAUUGGGUUUAAAGGGGCGUGGGAUGUUACAGACAAGCCUUAAAGGUCAGGGUCAAACAAGAAAGGCCAACUUGAAACCGUAUCAUUGGUUGAAGCUUACAAGGGCAUUGCAAGGAAGUUUAUGGGCUGAAUCGCAGCAGACACCUGAUGAAGCUGCUACUGCUCCAGAGUUCGACAUCUCUGAGCUAGAGAAACUCUUCUCAGCAGCGAUUCCUAGUUCCGACAAUGAAAAUAAAGGUGGGAAAUCAGGUCGACGUGGCCGGCCUAAAGUUCAGAAAGUCCAGCUGAUUGAGCUCAGACGAGCAUACAACUGUGAGAUCAUGCUCUCCAAAGUUAAAAUACCUUUGCCUGAUUUAAUGAGUUCUGUUCUUGCAUUGGAUGAGUCGGUGAUAGAUGUUGAUCAAGUUGACAAUCUGAUCAAGUUUUGUCCAACAAAAGAAGAAGCAGAAUUACUCAAGGGCUACACCGGCGAUAAGGAAAAUUUGGGACGGUGUGAGCAGUUCUUUUUAGAAUUGCUGAAAGUUCCUCGAGUCGAGACCAAGCUAAGGGUUUUCUCGUACAAGAUUCAGUUCUAUUCUCAGGUUACUGAUCUUAGAAGAGGCUUGAAUAUCAUACAUAGUGCAGCCAAUGAGGUUAGAGGCUCAGCUAAACUAAAAAGAAUCAUGCAAACUAUACUUUCCUUGGGCAAUGCCUUGAACCACGGGACUGCAAGGGGCUCAGCUAUCGGAUUUCGUUUGGAUAGUCUUCUGAAACUCACUGACACUAGAUCCCGCAACAGUAAGAUGACUCUGAUGCACUAUCUCUGUAAGGUACUCGCCGAAAAACUUCCCGAACUACUUGAUUUUCCAAAAGACCUGGUGAGCUUGGAGGCUGCAACAAAGAUCCAACUAAAAUAUCUAGCAGAGGAGAUGCAAGCGAUAAGGAAAGGGUUGGAGAAAGUUGUGCAGGAAUUCACUACAUCUGAAACUGAUGGUCCAGUAUCAAAACACUUUCGUAUGAACUUGAAAGAGUUUCUUAGUUUUGCCGAAGGGGAAGUCAGGUCCUUGGCUUCUCUUUAUUCUACUGUGGGUGGAAGCGCCGAUGCUUUAGCGUUAUAUUUCGGAGAGGAUCCAGCUCGUGUCCCAUUUGAACAAGUUGUAUCCACCCUGCAAAACUUUGUUAGAAUAUUUGUACGGUCACAUGAGGAGAACUGCAAGCAAGUCGAGUUUGAAAAGAGAAGAGUACAGAAGGAGGCAGAGAACGAGAAACUUAAGAAAGGUGUGUACAGUGAGAACUGA